AGAGGGCAGCUGGGACAAUAAGGGACUGCUGUUCGUGUGAAAGUUUUAGAAGGGCAAAACGAGAGCAAUUUCGUAAUUUCGGUUUAUAGUUGGUGUUUACAAGAGACCCAAUGCAUCAACACUUUCUCUUUCGUGGUAUCAGCACACGGAAUAUCUCACAAUCAACCAGCAAUGUCCUUUGUAGUAAAACAGAGCAGCGUUGCCGUGAGACCUUAAGUAGGACUUCAAUUCCAGAAAAGGCAUCAGCAGGUGUUUUGGUGACAUUGUGUAGCUCAAAAGGAGUUCCUUCUUUCCUUUAUACUUUACGAUCCUCUAAGCUACGGGGAAGACAUAAGGGUGAUAUCAGUUUUCCAGGGGGUAAACGAGAUGCUUCAGACAGAAAUAUCAUACAUACAGCUUUGAGGGAAGCACAAGAGGAACUCAGAGUACCACUAACUGCAGAUUCUGCUUGGGGUGCCAUGAAGUCCAUCACCGACUGGACAGGAAUGGUAAUCGUUCCAGUAUUAGCUAAUAUUGGACCCUUGGAGGAUCUGGCCCCAGAACCCAAUCCAGAUGAGGUGGAGUCUCUUCUCACACUACCCAUUUCCCUUGCUUGUAUGGACGUCUGCCGUGGUUAUACUUGCUUUCGUCAGGGUAGUCGGUAUUCAUAUACUUUACCAGUUUUCCGACUCAUGGAAUACAAGGUUUGGGGACUUACAGCUAUGAUGACAGACUCUGCACUCUCACUGCUAUUUCCAAACACAUACAACAGCAUUCUACAAGGUUCUCGGACAGUUUGAAAGAUAUUUUGGUUUAUAUUUAAAUACAGGACCUUGAACCA